GUGUCUGCGCGCGCGCGGCUUGUCCCUCCGUCGCCGGUGGCCGAAAGAAACGGCGUCGGCGCCCGAGAGCUGCUCUCCGUCCCCCGCCUCCUCUCGUCUCCUCUCCGCAGCAGCGUCGCCUCCGUCGGCGCGAUGUCCGCGAACAGGAACCUGAAGCAAGUGAGGAUUGAGAACAGCUCCCCGGCGGCUGCCCCGCCGAUUAGCAUGGUGGGCGGCGGCAGCAUGAAAGGGCUGCGCGGUCUGGAGCCUCCGCCGGACAACGAAGCGGCGGCGGCGGCAGCCAUGGUGAUGGUGAAGGAGGAAGAGGAGCAGGGCGGCGGCGGCGGCUUCACCGUCGACAUCAAGAGCUUCCUGAAGCCCGGCGAGAAGAGCUACACGCAGCGGUGCCGCCUCUUCGUGGGGAACCUGCCCACCGACAUCACCGAGGAGGACUUCAAGCGCCUCUUCGAGCGCUACGGGGAGCCCAGCGAGGUCUUCAUUAACCGGGACCGCGGCUUCGGCUUCAUCCGGCUGGAAUCCAGGACACUAGCUGAAAUUGCAAAAGCAGAACUCGAUGGAACUAUUUUGAAGAGCAGACCACUUCGAAUUCGUUUUGCUACUCAUGGAGCUGCUUUAACAGUAAAGAAUCUUUCACCUGUUGUUUCCAAUGAGCUUCUGGAACAAGCUUUCUCUCAAUUUGGCCCUGUGGAAAGAGCUGUUGUUGUAGUAGAUGAUCGUGGUAGAGCAACUGGGAAAGGUUUUGUAGAGUUUGCUGCAAAACCCCCAGCACGUAAAGCUCUAGAAAGAUGCAAUGAUGGAGCAUUCCUGCUGACAACAACCCCUCGACCAGUAAUUGUAGAACCUAUGGAGCAAUUUGAUGAUGAAGAUGGGCUGCCUGAGAAAUUAAUGCAAAAAACACAACAAUAUCAUAAGGAAAGAGAACAGCCACCACGUUUUGCUCAACCUGGAACAUUUGAAUUUGAGUAUGCUUCACGAUGGAAGGCUCUAGAUGAAAUGGAAAAGCAACAGCGGGAACAAGUUGAUAGAAACAUUAGAGAAGCUAAGGAGAAACUGGAGGCAGAGAUGGAAGCAGCUCGACAUGAGCACCAGUUAAUGCUGAUGAGACAAGAUCUUAUGAGGCGUCAGGAAGAAUUGAGACGUUUGGAAGAACUUAGAAAUCAAGAGCUACAGAAACGAAAGCAAAUACAAUUGAGACAUGAAGAAGAACAUAGGCGCCGUGAAGAAGAGAUGUUGCGCCAAGAGGAAUUGAGAAGACAGCAGGAAGGAGGAUUUAAGUCCAAUUUCAUGGAUAAUAGAGAACAGGAAAUGAGAAUGGGUGAUAUGGGUCCUCGUGGAGCAUUAAACAUGGGAGAUGCCUUUAGCCCAGCACCUGCUGGAAACCAAGGUCCUCCUCCUCCACCUCCAAUGAUGGGCCUGAAUAUGAACAACAGAGGAACAAUGCCUGGCCCUGCAAUGGGUCCUGGUCCUGCCUUGGGACCAGAAGGAGCUGCAAACAUUGGAGCCCCAAUGAUGCCAGAUAAUGGAACUGUGCAUUCUGAAAGAUUCCCGCAAGGAGGCCCACCACAAAUGGGUUCUCCUAUGGUUAGCAGGGCAGGCUCUGAAACUCCUCAGCCAGCUAUGGGUGGUGUAGGUGCCGUCAGUGGUGGACCCGGUGGCUUUGGUAGAGGAAACCCUGGGGGCAGCUUUGAAGGACCUAACAAGCGUCGCAGAUACUGAAAUUUAUUUCUUACUUCUGAGAAAAUUGAUUGACUGUCUGGUGUUAUGCCUUUAUAAUUUUAGCUGUUACCUUGAAAACGGUUUUAUUGUUAAUGUAGUCAUCAAACUUUUUUGGGGGGGUGGGAGAGUAAAACUUACUUUUUUUGUAUUCAGUCUUAGGCUUUAACGUAGAGCAGAAAUAAUGUGCUUCAUUUUGCAUGUCUGAUGUUUGUGACUUCAGCAAAAUAAAAUGUGACCAUGCUGUGAAAUUUGUGAGUUCCAUACUUACAAUAAAAUAUAAUACAGAUCUGCUUAAAUGAUUUUGAAACAUUGUUAUGAAUACUGUCCUUAACUUUAAUUGUACGCAUAGAUUUUCGUUUUUCUUCAUAAAGCCUAUCUUCUGAAAAUUAAAUGCUUUAUAGAUUGUAACUGUAUGCAAAUGAAAGUGCAGCUUACAACUCAUAGAGCAAAUGUUGAGGCUUGUGCAACUUGAGAAAAUCUGAAACAUUCAGUAAGACUUUAUAGAUCUGUUUUAAAAAGUUCUCACCAACAUGUACAAACCUAGUUGCAAUGGGAAUGUCAUAAUAAUGUAUCCUGUGUUCAGCUUUCAAAUAAACACUUUGAGUCUUGAAAAAUC